AUGGAAGCAUCAAUGCCCAACUCUGGGCAGGAGUCGCCCAACUCUGGGCAGGAGUCGCCCAACUCUGGGCAGGAGUCGCCCAACUCUGGGCAGGAAUCGCCCAACUCUGGGCAGGAGUCGCCCAACUCUGGGCAGGAGUCGCCCAACUCUGGGCAGGAGUCGCCCAAAUCUGGGCAGGAGUCGCCCAAAUCUGGGCAGGAGUCGCCCAACUCUGGGCAGAAGUCGCCCAACUCUGGGCAGGAGUCGCCCAACUCUGGGCAGGAGUCCCCACUCUGGGCAGGAGUCGCCCAAAUCUGGGCAGGAGUCGCCCAAAUCUGGGCAGGAGUCGCCCAAAUCUGGGCAGGAGUCGCCCAACUCUGGGCAGGAGUCGCCCAACUCCAGAGUCAACUCCGAACCAUUCCUCAUCCCUCUUCUCCCUCCUCCCCAUCUCCUCUCCUCCAUCUGCACCGUGCCCCCAUACCAGGCUUCUUUGAGCGGCAGACGGCAGGCAUGAAAGCGUCCAUGGAGGAGAGAGCAGCAGAGCUGGCGCUGCUCAAGAGGGCAGGCAUGAAAGCGUCAACGGAGGAGAGAGCAGCAGAGCUGGCGCUGCUCAAGGUGCUGCCGCCACUCUUCUCGCGCUGGUUCCCCGGUGAAUUCGGAGGGCAGGGCGAGCAGGUGGCGCUGUGCUACUCAUACGAGCUGCUGGAGGCAACGGUGCCGACGGUGCGGGCGGUGAAAGGGUUCAAUUUCACUAAAGACCCCGACUCUAAGAUCCCCAAGCCGGGCUUCGCCACGUGGCAAGCAGGAAGCUUCGCGGAUUUCAUAUUUGACACGUCAGCACAGAACAAGCCGGCCCUCCAGCUGGACAACCCCUCAACCGCCCAAGCCCAGCUGGAGAUCCGGUACCUCGUCAGCUAUGAGCGAAUGGGGGUGGGACACGUGGCAUGCGUGGAGGGGUGUGAGUGCGAGGGCGGGGAUAUAGACGCCACCAUCUCGCAGCAGUGGUCGGUGCCUGAGAAACGAGUCUUUGAUGUGAGUCAGAGCGAGAAAUGCGUUGUGAGGAUCGACGUGCGGCGGGGGAAAGGAGAGAAGUUCAAGAUCCUGAGUUUCACAGUCAUGUUCAAACCCAAGUAG